AUGUUCACCAAGAAGUCGCAUCAGGAUGUUAAGAAAUCAACAGUCAAAAUACAGGAUUCAAAAAAGGAUUCGACAACCAGACUAAAACAUUUAAAAAUUGUUCUAGAGCAUUUUGAUGCUGAUGAAGCUAAAAAUUACUUCGAAAAUAAUUUCAGCCAUGUUUAUUUUAUUUUGUAUGACAAUUUCAUACUCGCUGAAAAUAACCUCAGACAGAGAGAACUUCCGUUUCACCUAGUUCACAAAGCAGGCAGAGAGGAGCUUGAAGGGGCCCUGUCACUCUUGGAAAAAGUAUUAUGCCUUUUACCAGAGCUUAUUGGGAAAAGGUGGCAAUUGCAUUCUUUGACAAGAAUUUUUUCAAAAUUACUUCAUAGUGGAAAUUCACAAAAGCUAAGGGCAGAGGCUAUAAGAUAUUUUUUGUUGUGGUAUCAAGCUCUUGGUGACAAUGCUCCUUCAGAAGUUAAUCGUAUUUUCGCGUCACUAGUGCCAGGACUACCAGAUUCAUGUCUACCGCCAGUUGGAUCACCUUUUAAAACCAAAUCCUCUGAUGCAAAUGUACCCAAUGAUAUUGGUGAAUUUAAAAUGGAUGACAUUAUGCAACAUCCAAAUUUUAAUGCCACUUCAGAUAAUGCAAAAAAAGUUGUAGUUGAACAAACUCCAGUGGGCAUAAUGGGCAAAAUAGCAAAUGUUUCAGCUUCUAUUUUUCAUGAUACCAAUGCCCUCAAUCCAGUCCAAAGUGUAGACAUACAGCCAUUACUACCAGCGGGUGCCAAUGACAGAUUAGUUGACAAUGAAACAAAGUACUUCUUUGAAAUACUUCUUGAUGGAAUGGCCACAUCAGUAACAAAAAUACAGUGGAAAGAUCGAUCACAUGCAAAAGCAAUGAGAAGCUUUGCAUUUCUGUUAGAAAAAUUCAAAAUCUACUAUUUGCCAAUAAUUUGCCCUCAAUUCAACCACAAAAACUCGUUAUAUAAACCCAACCUAGAACUGCCAGUACAGCACAACAUCUUGGAAGAUGAUUAUGUACUUUGUCGUGUAACUCUCAUUAAAUGGGUAGCGAGUUACGCACAUUUCAUGAAGAAAACUGGUGGCAGUGAUGGUUGGCAGCCUUCCUCUAUGACAAGCACAGGCUCACAAUUGCCACAUUCAGGAACACCAACCCCUGCGACUUCACUCCACCAUGAGGAAGAAACAUCCUUCACAGUUGGACAUCCAUCUGAUUCCAGCAGAGCCUCAUCCCAUGACUCUGCAUCUAUUACACCACAUCCUAGCUUAGAAUCAGGUUCGGGCAUGUAUGAAGAGUUGAGUUCUGAGCAAGUGUUGCGUGACGUGCUCUGCUGCUGGUCCCGCGAGCACGUGGACUUCACCAUUGAAGUGCUACGGCAAGCCUUCCUGCUUCCUUUCUCGCACGCCGCCGCCAUACGACGCGUCAUCGCGCUUUACAAAGAUUGGAUCCAAAUGAACGUGGCGGAGGUGCCACCAUUCCUCAUGGAGAGCGUGUUCGAGCAGGCCGGGCAGCCGGAGGCCCCGGCGCGGCGCCUGCGCACUGACUCCUACCUCGGCGCCGUUGGUCGCGACAAUGUCAUGGUGCGCGCAGGUCUUCAGAAUGUGCUGCAGGUGUUCAUGACGCAGGCGGCGAACGUGUUCGUGGCGAGCGGCGGGCCGGUGGCGCCGCCGGGCGCGCUGGGCCCGCAGCUGCUGGACGAGCAGACCGACACCUGCAAGCGCGUGCUCAACAUCUACCGCUACAUGGUCAUGCACGUCGCCAUGGACGCCAACUCGUGGGAACAAUUAUUACUUGUGUUAUUACAAAUAACAUCUUUAGUCCUAACAAAAGUGCCGCCUAAAAGGAAACAAGAUACUCUAGGUGGAUUUCUCGCCCCAGCCUUGUUUCAAACACUAAUUGUGACGUGGAUUAAGGCUAAUUUAAAUGUUGCUGUCAAACCAGAACUUUGGCAGAAUUUUAUGGAAUUACUCACUCAUCUCACUCACUGGGAAGAUCUGAUAAAGGAAUGGGCGAAAACAAUGGAGACGCUGACACGCGUACUAGCGCGGCACGUGUACUCGCUGGAGUUAUCGGAGACGAGCGCGGGGGAGGGGCGCGGGCGGGGCCGCCGCGUGCCGCCCGCCCCCGCGCCGCGCCCCGCGCCCCUGCGGCGAGUCACACGCCCCGGUACCCGGACGCCUGGUAAAUCUCCACGAACCAGCCACGAAACACACCCAAGGAAGGAAGCGGGCUCCCGCAGACCUUUAGCACGUUGCCGCAGUGACCCGCAUUUGUCUAGAAAUGCAAUUACCAAAGAACCGAGCAAUAACAAGCCGAGAAGGUGGUAUUCUCUGGAUUCCCUUAGACAAUCUUCACAGCAGGAAGAAAGGGACUCUGCUAGUGGGUCACGUUCGCCAUCACCAGCUCCAUCUAGUGGCGUAGAAAGUAGCUCUAUAAAGGAUUCUCCAUUGCAAAUAGACCUUGCUUCUGAUGGUGGUAAUGUUGAGUGGUCGGAGUCGGAUGCGGGGCUGGUCGUGGGCGGGGGUGCGGGGGCGGGCGUGGGCGUGGUGCUGGGCGGGGAGGCUCGCGGCUGGCUGCCGGACGUGGCGUGCGUGCUGUGGCGGCGCAUGCUGGCGGCGCUGGGCGACCCCAACGCGCUGCGCGACCCGCACGCACACCACCACCUCUUCAACUACCUCGUACACCUUAAUGCGACGCUCGUCAAGAUCAGCGCAAAUCAAACUCUCAAUGGCAACACAGAAAUCCAUGUCCCGUUCAACCUGGUGGCAGGAUGGUGUCUUGAAGCUGAAGCACUUCCGUCAUCACACAGAGCGGGCAAGCUGGUGGCUCUGCGACUGCUAUGCGAGUCGACAGCAGCGCAGGCGCAGGGUCCAGGCGCGCCCUCAGCUUGCAGUGGACGACCGCACCUCGCGCACCUCAAUCUCUACCUACGCGCGUUGCAUCACGGUCUAACGGGCGAGGACCGGUCGGUGGUGGACGUGCUGGUGGAGCAUGCGGCGCCGCGCUACCUGUCGCUGGCGCUGGAAGGGCACUCGCUGCUGCUGCUGGACUUUGUGCACGCCUCCACUAUCGUGCUCAACUCCUCGGAUAUGGGGCCCUCGUGUCCCAGAACAGCCGCUGUAACAUUUUUAGGUUCACUGCUUGCGUUGCCUGAUGGAUUAAUGAAUGCACCAAUGUUGCAGCCAUAUCCUCAUCAAUACAACACUGUAUCUUGUCCAGACCUAAAGGAGCACGUGCUGAACAUCGUGGUUCGCGUGUGCCGGAGAGAGGGGGCGGGGGCGGCGCGCUGCGCCGGCGCCUGCGCACUGGCGGCGCACUGCUGCCACCUGCUGGCGGCGCGCGUCGCCUGCCCGCGCCUGCCCGCCUACGUCACCUGCCUGCUGCAGAUGCUCAUGAUGAAAAAUAAAACGAUUGCAAAAGUUGUAAGCGACGCUGUUCUGGUAUUGGCAGACUACACUGACCGCAUCGUGGAGUUGUACCCUGGACUCGUUGAAAAAAUCAUAAAGUGGAUCUGCGCGUGCCUGGCUCAAAUCUCCAGCAGCAGCGGCCGGGACGCCGUGAAGCCGCUGGCCGGCUCGCUGCUGCUGUGCCUGGCGGAGUUCGCCGUGCGCUGCGGGCCCGCGAUACUGCUGCGAGCGCACGGAGACCACACUCUGUUGCUACUCAUUUUCAAGGUUUUGUACGCAGUGAUGAAAGGGACAAACGGUUCAGACAUCGAAGGCCUGACCCUACCCAUAGACGAGGAUUUCGACCCUAACAUUCAGUUGGACAACUUGGCUCCGAAAACUAGUCCGGCUUCCACCAUUGACGUCAAACUUUGGGCGCAAACGAUCUGCUCGCAAUUAGUGAUGUACCUGGGCCACUGGCCACUGUGGAGCGGCUGCCAGACGUCUUCCAGUGUAUGCGAGCAGCACGACAGCCCCUCGCUGGGCUCCGAGCUGGGCGCCGCCGUGCUGUCCGCUCCGCACAUACAGCUGCUGCGCCUCGACGACCACACGCUCGCCAGCUUCGUCGAGCUGCCCGCCAUCGACCCGCCCUGCGGGGGCACCACGCCGGGUUUAAUGACAUCGGACCGUCAAGUGCGAGUCUUGCUGCGUGAUAUCUGCGGUAAGGCGUGCUGGGACGCCUCGGCGCUCUAUUACGAUCCGUCGAUAGGCUCGUCUGAACCUCCCGAACCCCUUCCAUUACCGACAACUGUCGAUAGUCCACGUGACAACACAUUGUCUACUCUACCUCCGCCUCUGCCGCCAGAUUUGUUGCCUGAUUAUAAGAACUCGCCACCAGACAAGCAUCAAUUAGAUCAUGUGCUGGCGUACAUCGGCCACACGUCGCCCGAGGUGACGUGCGGGCGGCGGCUGGACGAGGCGGGCGCGUCACCGCUGCCGCCCGGCGCCGAGGACGAGCUCGUGUGCGCGCUCGUGGCGCACCGCAACGCCGAGCGCCACUACCUCGCCACGCGCGACAGCGACGACGAGGGUCCCGGCGAGGCGGACGGCACGCGCGCGGCUGCGGGCCCGUUCGAGCAGAGCCGCGUGCUGGUCGCGCAGCUGGGCACGCUGAGCGCGGCGCGGCGCGCGCACGCGCAGCUGCUGCGCCGCUCCGACCGCCUGCUGCGCGAGCUGCGCAACCUCGACCAGCAGCGAUGUAGAGAAACUCAUAAAGUAGCAGUAAUUUACGUCGGCAAGGGACAGGAGACUCGCAACGAAAUUCUUUCUAAUCGUUGCGGCAGCCCUGCGUAUGAAGCCUUUUUAGCUGCUCUUGCUUGGGAGGUGGAACUGGAGAGCCACGUGGGGUUCGCCGGCGGGUUGCGUGGAGGCGGCGGGGGCGGGGUCAGCGCGCCCUACAUCGCCACGCUCACGCUGGAGGCGCUGUUCCACGUCGCCACGCGCAUGCCGGCCGACUCGCCCGACGCCAUUCUCAACAAGACGCGGCACCUAGGCAACGACGAGGUGCACGUGGUGUGGAGCGAGCAUUGGCGGCCGUACAAGCGUGACACGCUGCCCACGCAGUUUUGCGACGUGCUCAUCGUGCUGUACCCGCUGCCCGGCGGCCUGCUGCGCUGCACCGUCUCCAGGAAACCGGACGUGGCGGUGUUCGGGCCGCUGUGGGAGGAGUGCAUCGUCCGCGUGGGCUGCAGCGCGGCGCUGGUGCGCGGCGCGGCGUUCGCGGGCGGGCGCGCCGUGCGGGCCACCAUGCCGCUGUACCAGCACGCGUGCUCCGAGCGCGCGCGCGACCUGGACGCGCUCGUGGCGCACCACUCGCUGCCCGCCACCUUCGAGGCCUUCGUCACGCGCGUGCGCGAGCCCGUGCCGCCCGCCGCGCCGCAUCAAACCAGCGGUCGUCUAGCCAACGCCCUGCUGGACCACGGCGCCAGCUCGUGGGGCGCAGGCGAGCCGCACUCGGUGUCCCCGCGCCCCACCAAGCGCCUGGGCCCCUUCAAGCGUCCGCCUCCCGCCGCCACCCCGCAGCCGCCAGCCCCGAGACACAACCGGUGA